AAAUACAUAUAUGCCUUUUUUUUUCAGGGGGGGACAACACGCCAAAUCUGGAAUCUUGGAUUUAAUAAAAUAUAUAAUACGAUAUGUUUGCACUAAAAGAACAUGAAAAAAGAAAAAAGAAAAAUAAAAGGUGACAUCUCGCCGACAAGUUUUAUAUUCAAAACAUUGACUUCCAUUACCAUCAUCGGUAGGUCCUUUAGUUUGAAAUUCAUUUGCUGAAGAAGCUCUCUCUCUCUCUCUAUAAGCCGAUAAAUAGAGCAUUUGCUCUUCACGUCUUCUCUAAUGAAAAUGCACGGCGGCUUGUGGGUAAUCUUCUUCAUUCUCAUCACGGCGGGCUCCGCCGCAUCCGCCGACAUAGUCCGACGAGAGGAGAGAUUCAAGGAGGCACCGGAAUUUUUCAACUCGCCGGAGUGCUCCGCCGUCGAAAGCGACUUCCUUUGCUCGGACAAGGCAGUCCACGUGGCAAUGACCCUCGACGCCACGUAUCUCCGGGGAUCAAUGGCCGUCAUCCUCUCCGCACUGCAGCACUCCUCCUGCCCUCAGAACAUCGUUUUCCACUUCGUCAUCUCGAAGCAGAGCCACCGACGCCGAAACGACGUCGUCCGCUCCAUCGCACAAUCGUUCCCCUACUUGAAAUUCCGGAUUUACCCCUACGACGGCGCCGCCGUCUCCGGCCUCAUCUCCACCUCCAUCCGCUCGGCCUUGGACUCUCCGUUGAACUACGCGCGCAACUACCUCGCCGACCUCCUCCCGCCGUGCAUCUCACGCGCCGUCUAUCUGGACUCUGACCUCGUUCUCGUAGACGACAUCUCCAAGCUCUUCUCCACACCCAUGCCGGACGACGUCGUUUUGGCCGCGCCCGAGUACUGCAACGCCAACUUCACCUCUUACUUCACUCCCACUUUCUGGUCCAACCCUUCUCUCUCUCUCACACUCGCCACCGACAGGCGACGAACACCCUGUUACUUCAACACGGGAGUGAUGGUGAUGGAGCUCAGGAAAUGGAGAGAAGGGGAUUACACGAGGAAGAUAAUAGAGUGGAUGGAGUUGCAGAAGAGGAUUCGGAUCUACGAGCUAGGUUCUCUGCCACCGUUUUUGUUGGUUUUCGCCGGAAACAUAGCUCCGGUGGAUCACCGGUGGAACCAGCACGGUCUCGGCGGAGACAACUUCAGGGGGCUGUGUCGGGAUUUGCAUCCAGGUCCAGUGAGUUUGUUGCAUUGGAGCGGCAAAGGUAAGCCCUGGGCGAGGCUCGACGCCGGCAGGCCCUGCCCUUUGGACACCCUCUGGCUUCCCUACGAUUUGUUAGAACCCCGGUUCGAUCUCAUCGAGAGCUAGGUCUUACUUAGAUUUCCCUGUCUCUUUUUUUUUUAUUUGAGUUUUUUGAAAACUGGAUAUGUAUACGGAGAAUAACAGUAUUUAAAUAAAUCCACGCGGCGGGUGAUGAAAAGAUCUAAGUAGCAUGAGUUUGUAUUGAUGCUCUAAAUAUUUUUGUACCUGCUUCACGUCCAAAUACGUACAGGGACGUAGAAAUUGUGAAUAUUAUAACCAAAUGUAUACGUCUGCCA